GAUAAUGCUUUAAAGCAUGUAGCCUUUUACGAAUUAUACGAUAAAUUCAAUGAGGACAAUAAGGAAGACACUAAGAAAACAUAUAAAAAAUACUGUAAUAAAGUAACCGUUAUAAAUGGAAAUAAUGAGGUCAGUAAUUUAUGUGAAAAACUCGCCAGGAACUUAAUGAAUGUAUCUAAUUUAGAAGACAGGGAGAAGAGCAAUAUAGGAUGCGCAUAUUUUAUUCACUGGGUAUAUGAAGAAUUGAUGAAUAUAAGUGACAUUAAAUCCAAUUAUAGCUACAAUAAUCCUGUAAUUAAAGAACUUUACAACGUAGUAAAGGAAAUUAACUUGAAAGAAUAUAUGUAUAAACCUUGUUACGUUCACUUUGAUUACACAUUAGACGAAUGGAAAGAGUGGAAGGUUUUGCAUGAUUAUUUUAUGAAUUAUGAAUGUAAUGCUAAAGAUGAUGCUGGUUAUAAUAAGGAUAAAUGCAAAAUAUCAUGUGAAGAGCUCAAUAAAAUUAAUGAAUUAUACGCAAAAUAUAUAAAGAACAGUUGUACAUUUUUUAGUAAUAAAAACUAUUUUAAUGAACGCCCAGAAUAUUUCAAUUGUGAUCAAAAGUAUAAUCCGCACAACCUCUACUUACAUCUAAAAUGCAAUGAAAAAGAACCUGAAAAACUUUUUAGAAAGGUAGAGCCACCCCAGUCCAUUGAUCACUACUCUAAAUAUAUAACAGAGAAAUCAGAGGAACAACGAUUAUUAUAUAAAAAUGUUGCUAAUACGUUUCGUCCUUCAGAGGAAAAAGAGGUUCCACUAACGUCUGAUCCUUUCUACACCAUUGUAUCAGGUAUUUUUGGCCUGCUGGGAAUGUUCUUAGUUUUUUCGUUUUUUACAAAGUAA